AUGCUUCUUGUGGUAUUGCUGUCGACUCUCUUAUCUUCUGGUCUCACACGAAAACUGCCCCCGGGAACAUUCUCCGUCCCCCUGGACUCAGAGGGUCUCCACACUCUGUAUUGGACGUUGGACUACGACGCUGGGACAGUUUCACUAGAGGUCCACUCCCACGUCCCGGCCACGAGCUGGAUAGCCCUAGGCUUCUCUGACUACGGGGAGAUCACUGACGCUGACCUGUGUGUGCUGUGGGUCGACUGGCAUGGCAAACUCCACCUAGAGGAUACUUGGACAGAUAAACAUGGGAUCAUCUAUAGGGAUCAGCAGCAAGACUGUGGGGAAGCUGGAUACUCCAAAAGCCGUAACAUCACCAAGUUCGUCUUUAACCGAAAAUUUGACACCUGUGACGGACAUGACUACAUUAUUGAGGAGGGUACCACGCACAUCGUGUGGGCCGCCGGCGCAGGUCCGCUAUUCAGGGUCGAGGGCCUCAACCUCGCCUCCGCCAAGCACGGCUUCCAGCGAACUCAGCUGCUGAAGAACCUGGCGGGAGAGGUGCCUCUGCCUCGAGACACCUGGGCUGUCACGGUUACCGAGAACAACAACCGAGUACCUUCCACGGACACUACUUACUGGUGCAGAGUGGUCAAACUGUCUGACAAACUGAGGAACAAACACCAUGUUGUAAAGUUUGAGUCGGUAAUAACAGCUGGUAAUGAGCACCUAGUGCAUCACAUGGAGCUGUUCCAUUGCGAGGCAAAGGCUGACGUAGAGAUGCCGGACUACAGAGGUCCUUGUGAUGGCUCAGACAGACCUCCGGAGACUCAAGUGUGCAAGAAAGUUAUAGCUGCUUGGGCGAUGGGAGCCACUCCCUUCUACUACCCUGAGGAAGCUGGCUAUCCAAUUGGAGGUCCGGACUUUAACUUGUAUGCUGUUUUGGAAAUUCAUUACAACAAUCCACAGUUGCAUGCUGGUAUGGUGGACAGUUCUGGCCUGAGAGUGUACGUGUCACCUACACUGCGUGCUCAUGAUGCAGGAGUUAUAGAGUUGGGGCUGGAGUAUAUAGACAAGAUGGCCAUUCCUCCAGGCCAGCCUCACUUUCCACUAAGUGGAUACUGUAUCUCCGAGUGUACUGGCAUUAAUCUUCCACCCGAAGGUAUUAUUGUGUUUGGAUCUCAGCUUCACACCCACCUCACGGGUAUUCGGGUGUUCACCCGGCAUGUCCGGGAUGGUCGAGAGCUUCCCAACCUCAACCGGGAUAAUCACUACAGCACUCACUUCCAAGAGAUACGACGACUCAAGCGACCUGUCCAUGUUAUUCCGGGAGAUGCUCUGAUCACCACUUGCAUCUACAACACUACUGGAAGAUCUAACAUCACCGUGGGAGGAUUUGCCAUCUCAGAUGAGAUGUGUGUCAACUACGUCUACUACUACCCAGCCAUCAACCUGGAGGUCUGCAAGAGCUCCAUCAGUGACUUGAGUCUCCAGACAUACUUCAGAUCAGUCAAUGAAUGGGAAAACCAACCAACAUCACCUAAACUAGGGAUAUCUGACAACUACAAGGCUAUUGAUUGGACACCAGUUCGAGCAAGUAUCCUAAAUCAGCUUUAUUUAGAGUCUCCUAUUUACAUGCAGUGCAACCAGAGCAGUGGAGAAAGGUUUCCAGGAGACUGGAGCAGUCUUCCAGUGACUCCUGUUCUCUUCUCUCUGCCCCCUCUACCUCGAGACUGCCCCACGAAAUAAGUUACUAUUUUAUCUAUAGUAGAAACUGAGAGGUUGUGGUAGUAAAAUUGCUGUAAAUAAAUAAUAUAAAUUAAAAUUAGGAGGUAACAAAUUAUAUUCAUUGUUAUUUGAAAGGAAUUCUAGUAGCCUUUUGUUAAUGUUGUGAGAUGUUAAAGCUUGGUUUUGUAAUUUUAUUUACGAUUUGAUUAUAUACUGAACCAAUUUGAUUUAUUUCACCUAUAUACAAAUAAAAUAUUUCCCC